CAACCGGCACCGGCAACCCACCGCCACCAGUGAUAACUGUCAACCUAAAAAUUCAAAUUUCAAUUUCAAUUCAAAUAAAUUGAUACAGAACAAUAUUUACAAAAAUUAUACCAAAAAUUAGGUUAAGCAAAGAGGCCCAUCUUAUAUUCUGCAGAAUAAAAGAUAAAUUAUGAUCCUGCAACGGUACCUCGUACAAGUGUCCAAAAGAUGUUUUACCAACAACUAUGUUCUUCAAUCAAAUCUUAAACAGUCAUACUGUGAACUGAGACAUAGAUACAGUAGUAAAGUCAAAGACAGACGGUUCACUGAUAGACAUGAGUGGGUUAUAGUAGAAAAUGACAUAGGCACAGUGGGAAUUAGUAGUUAUGCACAAGAAUCUCUGGGAGAUGUGGUCUUUGCACAGCUUCCUGAUCCAGGCACAGAAGUAAAAGAAGGCGACGAAUGCGGAGCUCUAGAAAGUGUGAAAGCAGCUAGCGAAAUAUACUCCCCAGUUAGUGGCACUGUUACAGAGAAGAAUCUCGAAGUGGAGAAGAAACCAGCUCUGAUCAACUCAUCGUGCUAUGACCAAGGCUGGCUGUUCAAACUGAAGCUAUCUCAACCUGAUGAGUUGAAGGAACUCAUGACUGAGGCGGACUAUGACAAGUUUUUGAAAUCUGACGUAGACAAGGACCACUGAUUUGUUUUGUUGAAAUUUUUUUUGUUAUUUGUUAUUAAGUAUGCAUGUUGUCGUUUAGUCAUGUAUUAUAAGAUAUUGACUUGAA